AAACUGCCUAGAAUGGAGAGCAGCGAGGUCAUAUCAACUGACAAAGCUACAGUUAUCAUCCAAGUCAAUCCACAGGUGACACAACAUGGUGUUAUUUCUGAGGAUGGACAGCAGACCGGAGGAGCAUAUCACAAUACAGCUCUCUCAGCAUUUAUCAGAGCACAACCAAAGGCACUGGGGACCGUCCAGAUAAUGACUGGAGUGAUGAUUUUCCUAUUUGGUAUUGUACGCAACAUUGACUAUGAUUACCGUCACCCUAUUUCUGUUUUUUAUGGCAUAACCUACUGGGGAUCCCUUAUUUACAUCAGUGCUGGCUCGCUGUCUGUUUCUGCGCAGAAUAAACUUCAUCUGUGUGUGGUGAAAGGCUCUCUUAUAAUGAAUGUGAUCAGUGCCAUAACUGCAGCGAUCGCCAUUGUUCAGAUGAGCAUAGAGAUUCACUACUUGUUAAUGUAUCGAUGCAGAUAUGAUUACAGCUGCACAUUGAAGAGAACUGAUCUGGGGAUCAUUGGAAUAUUGCUGGUGUUCUCCAUCCUUCAGUUCAUCAUCUCCAUCUUUAUCUCAGGAUUUGCCUGCAAAGCCACCAGCAACACAGACUCUACAGUGAUAAAUGUGGCACUUAACAAGGGAAACUGAGUCACAGUGAGGAGAUCCUGUUUAAAGGCUGCAAGGAAUGAAUAACUCACAAGUAGUUUCAGUCUUUGGUUCUUUUAAUUGUGAUGAUUUUGGCUCAUAUUUAACAAAAACUAAACAAAAAUGAAAAAAUAAAUAUCAACAAAUUAGAAUAUGGUGACAUGUCAAUCAGAUAAUCAACUCAAAACCUGAGUCUUCAAAAUGGUCUCUCAGUUUGGUUUAUAGCAAGGAUACACAAUCAUGGAGAAGACUGAUGAUCUGACAGUUGUCCAGAAGACAAUCAUUGACACCCUUCACAAGUAGUGUAGCCACAAACAUUCAUUGCCAAAGAAGCUGGCUGUUCACAGAGUGCUGUAUCUAAGCAUGUUAACAGAAGGUUGACAGGAAGGAAAAAGUGUGGAAGAAAAAGUUGCACAACCAACUGAGAGAACCGCAGCCUUAUGAGGAUUGUCAAGCAAAAUCAAUUCAAGAAUUUGAGUGAACUUAACAAGGAAUGGACUGAGGUUGGGGUCAAGAAAUACAGACGUGUCAAGGAAUUUGGCUACAGUUGUUGUAUUUCUCUUGUUAAAGGGGGGGUGAAAUGCUAUUUCAUGCAUACUGAGUUUUUUAAACUGUUAAAGAGUUGGAUUCCCAUGCUAAACAUGGACAAAGUUUCAAAAAUUAAGUUGUACGUUUGAAGGAGUAUUUUUGUUCCCAAAAUACUCCUUCCGGUUUGUCACAAGUUUUGGAAAGUUUUUUUCGAGUAUGGCUCUGUGUGACGUUAGAUGUAGUGGAAUUUCCUUAUAUGGGUCCUGAGGGCACUUCUGCCGGAAGAGCGCGCUCCCGUAUAGUGAGGCUGAGCAGCACAGACAUUUCACUGAUCAGAGCGAUUCCCUGAUCAGAGAGCGAGAGCGUCGCGAAAAGUCACAAAAGAAGUGUGUUUUUGGUUGCCAGGGCAAGACAACCCUGCACAGAUUACCAAAAAAAAACAGCAUUAAGGGACCAGUGGAUGGAGUUUAUUUUUACAGAGCACCAACGGAGUUGUGCAAGUGUUUUUGUUUGUUCCCUGCAUUUCGAAGAUGCUUGUUCACAAGGCCCAGUUUGACGACGGGUUUGCGUAUCGUUUAUUUCUUAAGGAUGAUGCAAUCCCAAGGAAAAAGGGUCACGAUCGUGUGUUGGAACCACUGAUCUAUAUAUAUAACUAUUCUAUUAUAUAGAUAUCUGUAUUAUAGAUCAGUGGUUGGAACAGCAGGCGGUGAGUAAAACUGCUUCAAAUAUCUCUGCCUCCUUGUUAGUGCGUCCCCUCCCAUGCCGGAGACCCGGGUUCGAGCCCCACUCGGAGCGAGUCGUUGCUGCUGCUGCUUUCGUUCAGUUUCAGCCUCUGGAUCUGAUUCUGGAUCAUAAAUAAACGGCUGAAUCUGACUGUAAGCCAUGGUUUGUUUUGGAUGAUGGGUUUUCCCUCACGGUAAUGUCACAGCUUCCACAUGCUCUCAACGCAAAAGCCUAUUCGUGCUCGUGAUUCUUUAGCUCCGCCCACACGUCACGCCUCCAGCCGGUCGUGUUUUUCCGGGAAAAAUUGGUACAGACUAUCUUUCUCUUAUGAAUAUAAUAAAACUAAAGACUUUUUGGAUUUAUGAAGGAUGCAAUACUACUCUAUAUGUACUCAAGAUUAACAGG